AUGGCUCGUAAGGUCUCGUUCACCCCUACUGUCCACUACCAAUGUACCCCGGACUUCAACGGUCUGUCAUAUGCCUCUCUUAGAAAUACAUUUUGGCACGAGUAUAUCAAAAUGGAGAUUGGGCAUAUUGGCACGACAAAACCCACCGGCCUGGACAGUGAUCAAAUGCGGGUGCUCCGUACGGGCGGGCGGGUGGAUAAGUUGCCGGCGAUCUUGCGCCAACCAGAUUCUUUCCAUGUGCACGGCGAGGACGCUUUGCGGCACAUGAAAAGCGAAGUCCACGGCUGGGUCAUGGGGGAGGUCCGGAAGUUCAAAGACCAGCGCGAUGAUCGGACACUGUGUGAGGCCGCCCUGACCUGCUACGAUGGACUCGUACAAUUCUUGCACAAAGAAGACCGCUUGGACAGUGUGGGCGAGUUGGUCGAGGCGAUGCUGAAGGCGUGGUGCGUCAGAAAUGACGGCAGCGGCUUUCUCAAGUUGGCCGAGUACGGCGACCGGUCUUUCACCUUCGACACCAAAGAGAUGUCCAUGGUCAACCUGUACAUCACCGGUGCCGACACGCCCUCUCCAUCCUUCAACAUUGGCGUUUAG